AUGGCGGGCCCAGCUGCAGGUACGUGCCGUGAUUUGGGCCCCAUCCUCAAGUCCAUCUACUUUCACACUCUCGUCGUUGCGACACUUGGGUUCUUCAACACUGUCAUCAGCUUGCUGACACCCUUCGCCCUCUCCCCAGGAUACAACCUGACCCGUUCCGCAUCCUCCCCGCUGCGCUCCAACUCGGAUACCACAAGUCCAAUGUACCCCGACCGGCCGAUACGUCCUCUGCCAUCGCGACCCUUGCGCUCGCGCUUGUCCCCAGAGCAGGCCAAAUCCAUCGUCUACCCGCCUGCGCCCCCGUCCUCCACAGCGCUGUUCAACUUCCCAUAUUCCCCCGUGGAAAGCCGGGCCAGCCCGCGCGUAGAGGUGCGAAGGGGCGACAGCGAUCAUCAUGCUUGUCACUGCGGGCAGGACCACUCGGACGGCGAGAGCGGAGACGAGAACUAUGACGAGUACAAAGUGGAUGAGCGUGGGCGCCCGGUGCCCACGUCUCCGAGCGAUCCCUAUAGCAGAAGGCAGGGUGGAAAGGCUACAGGCACCGGAUAUCCAAAGCCGGCGUCGACGACGUCUUCGGCAGACGGCUACGAGUCUUUUGAGAACACAAACAACAAAAAGAAGCGCAAGAUCCCGAAUAUGGGGGGCACCAGUGCACACCACUCGAGUCUGUCUGCGGAAAUGGCUAGUAUGGGUAUCUCUGGACAUGACGGAGCCACCUCUGACGAUACGGAUGGACCGGGGAGGUAUUAUGCAUCGGCACCCUCGACUCCACAGAACAACGGAUCUGGUACAGGCAUCUCAGGCGCGGGGCGAGGGCGAUUUGGGCGCUCAGGGUCAGGAAGGUCGGAGCGGCGUGUGCUAGGCCAGACGAACUCGGCCAAUCUGAAUCUGGCCCACGUCAAGGCUAACAGCAACAAGCGACCCCAAGACAACAGCGGCAUCAUCUCGACCGCCAUCGCAAACGCCCAAGCGACUCCGCCAUCCCAAAGCAAUGAGAACGUGAGCCUGCUGCACCAGGAGGCUUCCAAGCCCACCGCGAACAAGACCCAAUUCACCUUCACCUGCGGCUCCGAUUCUGCUAGCCAGAUGGUGUGGCCUGGCCACCAAAACGGCGCAGAUCCGCAGCCUCCGGGUGCAUAUCCCUCCGACCGUCACGGUCCUCCACCACGGCGUCCCGCUCACCCUACUGCCGCUACCCGCACGACACCGACUGCGGGCUACGACAGGCCCCCGCAGGGCGCACCUGCAACUGGGCCUCCCAAUGGCGCCUCCCAUCCGCAGGCAGGCAAGGCUCCUCCCCCGAAUAACGGUGGUGCGCACGCGACUACUGGCCAGCAGCCACCACCUGCCCCUCCGCCGCCAAAGCCACGCCGCAGCGCUUCGAAAUUGUACGCCUAUGCCGCACGCAAGCGCAGGUUGGCCCAACAGUAUGCAAACUUCCAUAACCCUCCAGCCCAGCCAUGGAUUUGCCAGUUCUGCGAGUACGAGGCCAUAUUCGGCGUGCCACCGGUGGCUUUGAUAAGGAAGUACGAGAUGAAGGACAGGAAAGAAAGGAAGCGGCUUGCGGAGAAGCGACGGCUCCUGGAAAAGGCCCGCAUGAAGGGACGAAAGGGAAAGAAGGGAAACAAGAAGGGUCAGAACAAUGCGAACAACGCUCAGCACAAUCAAAAUGUUCCACCUGGCAGCUACGACAGGCACCCCGACGAUGCGUCUCUCGAUCCGGGAGACGAAUACUACGAUGACGACUACGACGACAACUUCCCUCCUCCCCACCCCACUAUGGGUCCGGGGUGCUUUGAUCAAGCAGGCUGCGUCCAUCAUCACGACGGAAGCCCAGCGGCACUUCCUGGUGAUCCCCGCGGAGGAGGUAGAAGCGCCGCCGUUGGUGCUUAG